ACAGCCGACAAUAGACGACAAUAGUUCAUUCGCUCUGCCUCUGGGAAGCCGGAGUGGUGAAGCACCAGCGACAGGGAUAGGCACGGGACAAGCUGGGGGGGGGGGGGAGCUUACGAAAGAGAGCCGUAGAAUAGAGAGCCGAGGACAGUAAUGGAUUGAGGAGCUAUGAUGAUUCGAGGAGAUGCAGCGGUAGGAGAGGGGUGAGGUGGAAAGCAGGCGCGUUGAGGGAUCAGUGUCAGAAUCAGCAUCAUUAGCAUCAGCAGCAGGAUGAUGAUCGUCGUCACCAUCAGCGUAACCCGUUAAGUUAAAGAUCCCUCGGAUUAGCGGCGAGACGGGGGAAGGUUUGGAGGGGGGGGGGGGGUCUGUGACCGCAGUCGAGGAGGAGCGCCAGACAUUCUAAGACAAAAGGCGGAUUGGCCCAGUGUUGGCGGUCGAGGCAAGAGGGCGGUUGGAUUGCUGGGUCCGUGAGGACGAGGCGGGGCUGCUGCUGCUGCUUGCUGAUGCUUGCUGCUGAUGCUUGCUGCUGCUUGCUGCUACUGCUGCUGCUGCAUGUUUGAUGGAUGGUGCGCAGCCGAGCGAGCUGCGGCCAUUGCGAGCUGGCGUUGAGGUCGGCAAGGCGUGAGGAGACGGGGAGAGGAGGAGGGGUCUGGGGCGGCGUAGGGACGAGCUGAUGGUGAUGGGUGUCAGACGGAGGUGAUGUGGCUUAGGCGAUAGCAUUUAAAGGGCAAAAGAGAGCGAGAGAGACACCGAGGCCGAGACGACCGAGAGAGGCAUUGGAGGCACUGUGGGCGGCUGGAGCGCUGUCCAUGGUGCUGCUCCGGUGGGUGUCCGUGGAGGUGCGCGAGCCGAGAAGAUCCAACUUCGAGAUGAUGUAGCCGACGGCAGACCGAUGAAGCGGACACUGCCCACGCCUCCCGCACAUGCCCCCUGCACAGCUUCGUCGUCCGCCCGUGCCCCCGCACCGCUCAAGCUCAGUGGCAAGGCGGCGGUGCCAAUGGCGGGAGCCGCACGGGACUUGCGCAGAGCGCACGAGGGCACGAGCAUCUCGCGAGCCCCGAGCGGCGGCAGCAACUGCGGCGGCGGGGGUGGCGGUGGCAGCGGCAUGGUGUUCCAGCCGAGGCCAAAGGACGCCGAAGUCCGGCAGGGCACCGCACGCGGACAGCUGAGUCAGGACAUCGAGCGGGAGCUGGAGCUAGUGGAGCAGGAGUCGGCCAAGCUGCGUGAGCAGCAGGCGCGCCUCGAUGAGGAGGAGCGCGAGAUCGACGCCAAGCUGCGCCACCUUGAGAUGGGCAUGCUGAGACGCAAAGAGGCGCUCGUCAGGGACAGGGAGAAGAGGAAGAUGGACUUCCUGCGGGAGGCCGGCGGCCACAGCCGCGACUGCCUAUCGGACGGCGAGGCGCGCGUUGGUCAGGCAAAGUCAGCGGGAAGCGGGCAGCACUCGGAGAGAGCGAGGACGGCGCCGGAAGAGGUUUCCCUCGGCGGGCACGACGGGGCCACUCGAGGCAGCAAGACGGACGAUCGGCUGCUCCUGCUGCAGCAGCAGCAGCAGCAGCAGGACUCUUGUGUCGCGGAUGCACAUUACAAAGCACAAUCUUCUUGCUACACGGCCGAGGCCAUGCAGUGUUGCAAACCGUACGGUGAAUAUUCGGAGAGCAGCCACCGCAGUAGCGCACAUUUUCAGCACGUGUUCAGCCCAGUGGAAUUCCCGACAAGGGACAGCAAGCAUGACGGGUACAUGACAGACAGCCAGGGCAUCAUUGAUUCUCAAUCAUCUAGUUUGUUAAACAAAGAUGAUGGAUCUGCAAAUAAAACACCUGCAAUGUUCAUUCCCAUGACCAGUUCUCCAUCAGACUACCACAAGCACAGCUACUUGUCUGCAUCGGACCAUGCAUUAGUCCCUAACAAUAUUGGUGCGUCCAGGUCUGAAAGUCAAGAACUUAGUGACAGAUUUUCUGUCUCACCAGGAUGUCAGUCCACCCAAAUCUCAUCAUAUCAACAGUACAGUCAUAAACAACUGCAGUUCCAUUCUCAAAAGCCUAUCAAUGGGCAAAUGUCCAGCAUGGAGCCCAAACUAUUGACAAAUUACGAGGUCAUUGAAAGCCACGAUCCCCUCAUGAUGUCCCCAACAUCGACAGAUAGCCUGGGCGAGAGCGUCGACAUGAGGCUGCCUCUCGACGAUCGAGGCAGCAUCGUGGGCAGUCCCUUAUCGAGCAUUUCAGCAGAAUCGUUUUACACGGACCUGGAUCAGCAGGUGCCACGCAAUUAUGUCCUCAUAGAUGACAUCAGUGAGUUGACUGGAGGAGGCUUUCUCGUGGAUGGAAUGGACGUUCAGAAUUCAGACGGCGCUUACAGCAGGAGUCUACCCAGCGCGACCGAAUUAAAUGAUUUUGUGGGAUCCUCAAGCCAAGGAAGAGCUCAUUCCCGGUACAACAAAAAACCCGACAAGGCCAACGACUUUAUCGCAAUCCCCGUGGCAACUAGAGCCCACCCGUUUCGGAGUUUGUCCGAUGAGGCGUCCGUAGAUCCGCUUGAAAAACAAAUGAAAAGGCAAAUGCAGCAAGGUUUUCGCAGGGGGUCUGAGUCGUUAGAUCACGUGGUGAGUCCUUUGAUGUUUGACCUUAAUGAUAAUAAGUACAGGAAUGCAUCAAGAUCUGACAAAUACAGUAUGAGUCGAAUAACUUUGGAGAAAGAGGCAGCAAAGCAGCUAACACCACCGUAUAUAUCAAGCCAAAGCAAAAGCAGAAAACCAGAUCUAGACGGCAGGAUUUUUAAGUUCCCAUCACUGGACAAAAGUGAGGAUGUUGAGAAGGAUUUUUUGGCUUAUAAGAAUUCUUCCUCCAAAAUGGAAAGCUCUGUUGUGUUGAGGGAAAAACGAUUGCAGGGUGGGGAUACAUCUGCAAAUUUUAGGCAAAGUAUUAAGUCUCAGCAGAGCUUCCACGGGCUGCCACACAUGAAAACAAGUGACAUUUGCAUUCCCAGAGGAAUUGGCUCCAGGCCAAGAUCGUCUUCUGUGUCUGGACUGGACGGCAUUACCUCCAGGAUGUCGGGUCUGUACGACCUUGAGUACAAGCGAUCGCGACCGUGCUCCGUGUACAACAUGGAGAUGAACAGGUCAGUUUCACCCACCCCGUACAGCGUGAACCGGUCCAGACCGACCUCGGUGUACGGAGUUGACGAGGCCCGGGCGAGGCCAUCCUCUGCCACCGACUUCAACAGGAGCAGGUCCUUCUCGAUAACAGGACCGUCCAACGGCCGGGCGCAGCCAUCUCUCAUGCCUACGCCCGAGAGCAGCAGGUUGCGGCCCUCCUCCGUGUACGGCGCGGAAGAACCCAAAGCGAGGCCGCCGCCAGAUUGCGGCAUAACGAGCAGCCGCUCGUGCUCCUUCUCGGCCUACAGGUCCGUGAUGAGCCGAACGCGCUCCUCUUCGUUCUCCGGCUUGGACGUCCGGAGGUCCAGGCCAUCGACCGUGUACGACUUGGACUUCUCGACUUCGAAGCAGAAUUGCCAGGGAGGUGGGGGCCAGCCGGCGGACGGCCCGUGCGGUCCCUUCAACGCGGGCGUCAAGAUGAGGUCGAAGCCGUCCAGCUUGCCCAUCUCGCAGGGUGCCCGGCGGCUGUCGCUGACCGAGCAGAACUCCGACGAGGACGAGAGCCCACUGAGCCCCGUGGUGCAGCCCAUGGGCAUGGCCCGCGCCGCCGCGGGGCCCCUCCCGCCCAUCUCCGCCGACUCCAGGGAGCAGUUCGGCUCGUGCCACUCCCUGCCCGAGGCCGACCGGCACGCCAAGGACCUGCACCGCCGCAGCCUGGACUGCGGCUUCACGCGCAUGGUGGACAACCUGAACCACGCGCUCGCAGAGAACGACGUGUGCUACUCAAGGCACGGAGAUGCCAAGAAGAUGGAUAGGUCCCAGGAUGGUGGCUUCCAAAGCAGCAGCGGCGAUCACCACCAGCGCCAGUUUCCCGAACGGUUGCAGAAGUACGACUUCCCCCAUUCCCGGAUUCGGCUCUCGCAGGACUCCCAGGAGCGCAGCGUCUCAGGGAACGGGUUUGGCGUGCGUAUCGUGGGUGGAAAGGAGAUCCCCGGAACUUGCGGCCAAACAGGAGCCUACAUCGGCAGCAUCCUGCAGGGGGGAGCUGCUGAGAAGACAGGCCAGCUAAUGGAAGGGAUGCAGGUGCUGGAGUGGAAUGGCAUGCCGCUGAUGGGGAGGACCUAUGAGGAGGUGCAGCACAUCGUCGCUCAGCAGGACGAGGACCUGGAGCUGUGCGUUCGACUGGACCUCAAUAUGCUGCUGGAGACUAAGAACAUGGACUCCACUGAGCAAGUGUACUCCCCUUCUGCUGAAAAACAAAAGUGCAUGGGGGUGGAUCCACAACAGCUGGCGCUGGAACUGAGAAAAGUGGCGAUGAGAGAGGCAUCUGACAGCAAUGAUGAGGACAUUCCCACAAACCCGGACUCGUCGUCAAACUCAUCCCUGAAACGAGAGCACUCCGCCUAUGACAGAGCCCUUCACGAACCCUAUACUGGCAUCUCCCUGAACGGAAGGUCGACUUCGAAGCCGGAUCACGACGCAUUAAACAGGGCUAAACUGGAACUGCUCAGCACCAGCCAAUUGUUGAAUUCAAGACCUCCGCCAAAGAAUGAUCAAAACAGCACUGGUUGUGCUGAUUCUGGGUGCUCUCCGAAACAUUCGCCCUCGCCAGGGUCAGCUUCCAUUCCGGGCCAAAGGCCCCCGAGGCUCGCAGACUGUCAGCAGAGUACUGUGACCUCCUCCGGUUCUUGUUCGUCGCCAAAACAAUCGAGCGAGUCGUCGGGGAGGGCUCAAACGCCUGUGGACACCGCGACGGUUUCCCGUCUGUCCCCUGUUCUCCAGCAGACCCACCUCCCCCAGCCUUCUCAAAUAAAGGGCUUCUACCAGGGCCCUGAAUUGGGAGCAAAAGCUGGGCAGGUGUCACAAAGUGCCCAGCACCCAUCAGGGCCUUACAUGGUGCCCUGCUCACCAUCAAGAUCAAAUUUUUCGGCAAACCAGUCAACGAACCGACAAGCAAGCCCCCCGCACGGCGGCUUUGUGCCCAAGCACCCAUAUACGGCAAUGCCUUCUCAUUCCUCCCACCAUCCGAGUGUCAUUCACCACACGGACGACAGACAUCCACCGCAGCAUCUUCACAAUGCACCCCCGACUUACUGUGUGGACAGAGCCACGUGCGCACCGAUGGCCCGAUGCCAGCCUCUACAAAUGCACGGUGGCUGCGCUGCCAACAGCUCGUCGCCUAAACCCAUUCAGUCGGCCGCCGAAAGGGGAAAUCCUCAGGCUGCGCACAACGCGUCCCAUCCGAGUAGCCAAUCGCCAAGGCACGGUCUCGUGCCCCCCGAAAAGAUCGCCUUUCAGCAAAUGGCAACUACCUCAUCCCCGGCCUGCGCAGUCCCCCGACCAGUUCUGCCGGCUCACGGGCGGAGUGUGCCUCAGCCGCCGCAUGGAAGUUCCGCCGCCUUCUGCUCCAGCCCCAAACCGGCGCCUCCAGUUCCCGAGAGAAAUCAGUCGCUCCAGGCGCACGGCGGCGGUGCCCAUGCACUGGGCCCUGAAGUGCGGCAGGCUCACCCGGCCCAGCAGCCGCAAUCUCCCUACCGGUCGGUGAGCGCCGUGCCCCGUCCCAGCCACCCGCCGCAAGACAGAAACCAAGCGCAGGGCAUGCACGGCGCUCCGCCGCCGUACAGCACCAUCCCCAGGCCUGCCAGUCCGGGGCUCGACAGAAGUCAACUGCAGCACGUGCAACCCGGCUCCCCGGGAUGCAGCCCAGCCGCGAAAGCCACACGUCCCGUGCAGAGGACUCAGAAUGCACCUCCUCCCUACAGCGCAGUGCCCAGGCCGUACCCCCCGGCUUUGGACGGAUCUCAAGCCCAUUACUCCCACGGGAACCCGGGAGCUGCCGGUCAAACGUUGGCGUGCAAUCAAGCGGGCGUGGUGGUCAGGAAGCAGCCUCAGUUCUUGCAGACUAUCGUGGCGCCGUCGGGCGCCGUGUACGCGGUGGGUUUUCCCGGUGCAGAGCGCUAUCACGCCGAGUGCCACCAGGUGCUGCCCGAAAUGCCUCAUCCGUGCUGCGCUCCAAUGCCCCCCGUGCAUGCGAGCAACGCUGUCCACAGCAGCGUCCCUCCUCCUCCCAGCAGCACGGCUCACUCACAAGCCACGAGGAACAGUGGGGCAGCUGUCGAGGCCUCCUUGCCUCCAAGAGCGCCGACAGCCUCUGCAGCCGCAGUGACGAAGAAGCAGCAGCAGGACAUUAAGCAACCUCAUGAAACAAUGCCACCUGCAUCGAUCGCUGGAGAAGUCGAGGCACUUGAAGGACAGCCAAAGCCAGAACUUGGAGAAAUACAACUGCAGCUGCGGUACGAGGCGGAGGCGGGCGACCUCGUGGUGGGGGUGCUAUGCGCGCGUGGGCUGACCGCUCGCAACGGCAGUGGGAGCCUGGACCCCUUCGUCAAGGUCUACCUGCUGCCCGGGAAGGGGUCAGAAGUGAAAAGGAAAACCAAGUUCGUGCACAAGUCGCUGAAUCCCGAGUGGAACCAAAGCGUUGUAUACCACGGCUUGUCCCGUGAAGAGCUGGAAAAGAGGACUCUGGAAGUUGCCGUGUGGGAUUACGAUCGAUUUGCAACCAACCAUUUCCUGGGCGAGGUGAACAUUGCGCUAUGCAAAGCUUCAAACCUGGACGACACAGCCCGCUGGCACCGGCUCCAGGUGCAGUCGGACAGCGGUGAGCGCCGCAAGCGCUCGUCCCUGCCACCGGAGGGCAAGCAGCCAGAGAGCAAAGGGCAGCGCAGACCUAACUCCUCUCCGGACACCCAGGAGUGGGACGUGGCGGACAGGAAGGACUGUCACCAAACGGGCAGCCCGCACUGCGGGGAGCAGGCGAAGAACCUGACAAAGGGCGGCCACUCGUCGCAGGACCACAAGGCGGACAGGAAGUCCAAGGAGGAGCACGGCGAUCAACACAAGAAGGGCACAAUGUCGCCACGGUCACAGUGCGAACGGACGGGGCAGCAGUGUCAGGCCGUGAGUGCGGACAAAACAAACCAACACCAACCCAAGGGCCAGCCGGCCGGACAGGCCGAGCACGGCACAGCCCUGCAAGCGGGCGAGCACGCUCAGAAUACGAGCGCGCAGAGAUCGCACGUUGCCAAUCUGCCGAACAAAUGCACGGACAGGACCGGCCAUCAGGUCACAAGCGGUCAGCAGCACGCGGGCGAGACGCAACCGGAGCCGCUGCCCGCUCGGCACUCGCAACACCGCAGGGCGCAGGCGAGCGCGGGCGCGAGUUCGGAGCAGUGGCCCGCGUGCGGCGCGCCCGAGCCCAAGCGGUUCGGGGCUGAUGAGGAGCUCCGUCGGCCCGAGAAAAAAGCGCGUUCCAAGGCGGGCGGCGAGGCGGAGGCGAAGGAGACGGGGAGGCAGAGCGCUCCGCCGAGAUCCUCUCGGGGCGGGGAAGGCGCGGGGCCCAGCAAGGCCGCUCAGGCGGGCGCCGUCGACGCGUGCCCUCACGGGGACGAGCGCUGCAGGGGACCCUGCCCCGCCACGGAGACGGACGUGUGGGUCAGGAUGCGGGACAACCCGCAGUCGCUGCAUGCCGAAGCUACGCACCUUGGCAAGGCAAUGUCGCCGAAGGCUCCGUUCAUCAACGAGAACCACAGGGGGCGACAGAGCACACCCGAGGCACACCCCACGUGCCCCAGGAAGCCCGCGAACGCGGCUGGCGAGUGCUCGCUUCACGCAGGCGCCCCAUCCGCCACUCCGCCGCCCUCCGACGCUCAUCAGCAAGCAGGGACCGUGAGCAAAGCGCACUCCGCUCAUCCGCAAAUGAUGCAGCCCGGCAGGGUGAUGCAACCGGGCCUGACCAUAGUUUCCCAGCAGCCUGAGCGGGUGUUGCCUUUUUCACAUUCCCAUAACGGAUACCAUCCAUGUUUGAACAAACAAAAUAUCAAGGCCGCUUUCCAACCCGGAUACCAACACGUGGACAGCAGCAGACCUCACUCGCCCUGCUUGCAGCCCAGCGGAAGACCGCCCCUGCCCACCCCUUCCCCGGACCACUCGAGGCAGCCCCUCUACGCGCACGCGGUGGCGCACCUGCCCAAGGACAGACACUUUGCCGACUACCAGCACGCCGAGCCUCACCACCAGCAGGAGCACUCCACGCAAGGCACCUGCCAGAAGAAGACGCAUAUCCCCAGGGCCACGGCCGCGGGGCCCCCGUACCCCGACGCGGCGCGGCAGUGCGCGCCGCCGCCGCCGCCGCCGCCGCCGCAGGCCUCGCGCGAGGAGACGCAGCCUCACCGCUCGGGCGAGCACCUCGCCUCCAGGUCGCCCUCGCGUCACGCCGCGGCCGAGCCGGCGGCGCUGCCGCCCGCCGUGGCGCAACCCCAGCCAAGGGAAUCGCAGCCCCCACCGCAGAACUCGGUGCAGCAGCAGCAGCAGCAGGCACAACAUCAGCACCAAGUGCACCCUCAAAAUCAAGCCCAGCCUCAGCAGCAAGUGAACCCAGAUGGCGUGAAACCAUCGGUUAAAAGGAAGCCACUGCUUGGUGUCUCUGCUGCCAGGAAAGGUGAACUCUCGUUGGCUUGUUGGCCAAGUUGCUGA